GGGGGGCGGGGUCCCGUGACGUCAAAGGUGGAAAAAAAACAGCAGAGCAGGAAUCAAAACAAGAGACGGACACGCCUUCGUUCUUAAAGGUUAUAGCAGCUUAUAUUUUAUAACUGCUGCUGUCAUAGCUGCAGUAAACCCCGCCUGUCAUCCACGAGGACACCAAUAACAACAACAACAACAACACAAAGAAAAAGCAUUGCAAAAAAAGCACCACUGCAGAAAUGGAGUCCACAGAAAUGUCAGACAGCGUUGACAGCAGCCGUUGAUAGAAGUCGAGAAUAACACUGACGUCCGAAUCCUGUGCAAUGCCCAACCAGAAGAGCAACAAGGGAAAGAAAAGCAAACGCACUAACAGUAGCGGAGAUGAGCAGGAAAAUGGAGCCUGUGCGGCCGCGGCAGGAGGCGCGGCCGCGGCGGCCGCUGCGCCCAGACACGAGCGCUCGAGCGAGGGCCAGUGUGCGACCCCUCUCGGCUGCAGCUUGGCCCGUCCCAUCGACCUGGAGAAGGACGACUACCAGCGCGUGCUCUGCAACAGCGAGCUGUGCCCUUACGGCAACUGGAUGCACCUGCAGUGUUUCUACGAGUGGGAGAGCUCCAUCCUCGUCCAGUUCAACUGUAUCGGCCGCGCGCGCUCCUGGAACGAGAAGCAGUGCAGGCAGAACAUGUGGACCAAGAAGGGCUACGACCUGGCGUUCAGGUUCUGCUCCUGCCGCUGCGGCCAGGGCCACCUGAAGAAAGACACCGACUGGUAUCAGGUGAAACGUCUGCACGACGAUCGCAAGAAGAAACCAACAGAGAGGAGCAGGAACGGGUCCAGUGGCGGGGCCGCAGGGCCCGGGGACGGGCUUUUUGACGAGCCCAAGAGAAGCAAGCCACCCGGAGCGGCGGGUAUAGGAGGAGGUAAACUACCCCACGGCGCCUCCAGUCAGGACUUACCUCGGAGACAAUCAAUGGACCGUCAGAACUCUACAGAGAGAGGAGCAGGACCCUUUUCCCUGGGGCCUCCUCAGAAGUCUCCAUGUGGCUCCCCGGGGCAGUCUCCCCCAACUGGUUUCCCUUUCUCCCCCACCGCUGUCCUCGGAGCGGCAGCUGGAGGAGCCGGGUUUCGAGGUUCCCGUCAGCUGGGGGAGUUCUUCAAAUCAGCCGUCCACAUGGACCCGCAGAGGAAACACCUGCUGGUCGGGGGAGCUCUCGUCCGGGGAGGCGGCUGCUCGAUGGGCGCCUCCGGGGGCGGAGCUCAGCUCGACCCCGGGUCUGUGAUUCCCCUGCCGUUGUCCUUCAACCUCCCGCUCCACCACCGGCUCACCUCGGGCAGCGUGGGGGACGGCGCGCACUCUCACCCGGUGCAGUUCCUGAGGAGGCUGGACCUCUCGGAGCUGCUCACCCACGUCCCUCGACAUAAGCUCAACACCUACCACGUCCGCAUGGAGGACGAUGCCCAGGCUGGUCAGGGAGAAGAGCUGCGCAGGUUCAUCCUGUCGGCGCUGAGCGCGAGCCAGAGAAACAUGGUGAACUGUGCGCUGUGCCACCGAGCGCUGCCUGUGUUCGAACAGUUUCCUUUGGUGGACGGGACCCUGUUUCUCAGCCCUUCACGCCACGACGAGAUUGAGUACGACGUCCCCUGCCACCUUCAAGGCAGGUUAAUGCACCUUUACGCCAUCUGUGUGGACUGUCUAGAAGGCGUCCACAAGAUUGUCUGCAUCAAGUGCAAGUCACGCUGGGACGGGAGCUGGCACCAACUGGGCACAAUGUACACCUACGAUAUACUGGCCGCUUCCCCGUGUUGCCAGGCUCGUCUCAACUGUAAGCACUGCGGGAAGCCGGUGGUGGACGUUCGAGUGGGGAUGCAGUAUUUCUCCGAGUACAGCAACGUCCAGCAGUGCCCUCACUGCGGCAACCUGGACUAUCACUUUGUGAAACCUUUUUCCUCCUACAAAGUACUCGAGGCUUAUUGACAAAUGUGGUCCAUGCGGGCUAGUUGAGCUGCGUUUUGUUCUCAAACACAAUCUAGGAAAGAUUUUAUUUUUUGGGGCCUUAAGGUGAUUUAAUGUUUUUAAGUUCGCUCUCUUUUUGGUUUCUUUUUUUAUGUAUAGAAAAAAAAAGUAUGACUCUAGUUUUCAACAAAAAAAUAAAAAAAUGAAAAAAAGUUCCAAGACAGUAUAUAUAUAUAUAUAUAUAUAUAUAUCAGCAGUUAGAGGAGGGUGUUGAUAAAGUGUGGAACUGGCACAUCAGUCACGCAAACACACUUAUCUGCGAGAAAUGAAUGUACCUGUAUGCCAAAAUUUGCUUUUAUUUAACUUCUUUUUUUUUUUAUUACCAAAAACAUAAAAGAUGAAUCUCAAAUAAAGCAGAGAAAGAAAUG